UGGAAUUUUCCGCUUCUCAUGCUUGCUUGGAAGCUUGGACCGGCAUUGGCUUGCGGAAACACGGUUGUGCUAAAGCCUGCUGAACAGACCCCAUUGACCGCAUUGCAUGUCGCUUCACUAAUCGCUGAGGCACAAUUCCCUCCCGGUGUCGUCAACGUUGUGCCCGGGUAUGGACCGACAGCAGGAAACGCGAUCGCCAGGCAUCAUCGGGUGGACAAAGUAGCGUUUACAGGGUCUACUGAGGUCGGCAAGUUAAUCAUGCAGGCGUCUGCGCAGAGCAACCUGAAGCGCAUGACUUUGGAACUGGGUGGCAAAAGUCCAAACAUCAUCUUCGCGGACGCGGAUCUGGAUAUUGCGGUGGCGCAAGCCCAUGAUGGUGUAUUUUUCAACCAGGGCCAGGUUUGUUGUGCUGGCAGCCGCGUGUUCGUCGAAAGCAAAGUGUAUGACUCGUUCGUCGAGCGAUCGAUCGAAAAAGCCAAGAAACGUGUCGUCGGGGACCCGUUCGAUGCUAAAGUCGACCAAGGACCUCAAAUAGACAAAACGCAGAUGAACGCGAUAAUGAACUACAUCGAGAAAGGAAAGAGCGAAGGUGCUAAAAUGGUCACUGGCGGACACCGAUUCGGUGACAAGGGGUACUAUGUGGAACCGACUAUUUUUACGGAUGUCACCGACCACAUGGUCAUCGCCCAAGAAGAGAUAUUUGGACCGGUGAUGUCAAUCAUGCGUUUCAGUGAUACCAAAGACUUGGUCGAGAAAGCGAAUAAUACCAUCUAUGGCCUAGCUGCCGCCGUUUGUACGAAGGAUAUCGAGAAGGCACUUUGGGUGUCAAACAACAUUCGCGCCGGAACCGUAUGGGUCAACUGCUAUAGCGUUUUCGAUUCAGCAGUACCGUUCGGUGGAUACAAAAUGUCUGGGUUUGGCAGGGAGCUUGGCAAGUACGCUCUACAAGCUUAUACGGAAGUGAAAUCGGUAAGCCGCCUUGUCCUGCCUCAUACCUUCGUUCCUCACUGUUGA